UUUCAAUCACCCCUCAAGGUUUUGGCCAUUAUUCUAUUAUUCCAUUCAACUGUUCACAAACGUAAUAUUGCUGUCGAAGAAAAUCUAUCUGAGAGCAUCGAAACUCCGGUGAUUUUUUGCAAUACUCGCAAAGUGUUUAUUUGAAUGUAACCACAAAAGGAUAAAAUUUGUGUAGUUUCAAGUGUGGUACUCAAAAUGUUUCUAAGACCAAGCUGCAAAUUGCAAGUAAUCAGCAUCCGUUGUCAAAAUGCAGCUCCGCGGUUAUUCUCAACCCAAGUUCAUGCCAAUAGUAUCGAUAUCACAGCAAACAAAUUUGGAAAUAAAUACGAAACCGCAUUACCUUACUCUGAAAUUCCUGGACCAUCGGCGUUCACUUUUUUGAAAAAUGCUUUACCCGGUGGAAAAUGUUUUGCCAAAGACUUUGAUGAGAUUACAAAAAUAUACCGACAAGAAUAUGGAGACCUCUUCAAAUUCCCUUCAUUAUUUGGUAGUUUGGAGUUCGUUACAACCCACAAACCUGAAGAUUUUCAAACAGUUUUCCGAACUGAAGGACAAUGGCCCGCAAGAUCGGAGUUGAAGACUAUGACAUAUUACAGAACCAAAAUGCGUCCUGACAUAUACGGGAAACAUUCAGGAUUAGUAAAUGUUCAGGGUAAAGAAUGGGGCGACUUUCGGUCAGCAGUUAAUCCAACCAUGAUGCAACCCAGAAAUACCAUGGUAUACAUCCCGAAGGUAGAUGCAGUCGCAAUGGACUUUGUGAAGAGAAUACAUCAGAUUCGUGAUCCAAAAACGAAGGAAGCGCCAGAAAACUUCGAACAUGAACUCAACAAAUGGGCAUUGGAAUCAGUAGCGGUGAUUGCCCUGGAUACACGUCUUGAAUUGCUUAACGAUAACUAUAAUAAAAGAAGUGCCAAAUUAAUUCAAGCUUCCAAAGAUUCUUUCAGGCUUAUGUUCGAAUUAGAAUUCAAGCCUUCCCUCUGGCGCUUCAUCAGUACACCAAAGUUCAAACAAAUGAUAGAGGCUCUUGAUGUUGUCACGAAUGUCAGUUGCGAGAUUAUUGAUGAAGCCAGAGAAAAAUUCAACAAUAAGCGAGAAAGCUCCAGAAAUGAUGACGAGAGCGUACUCGAGAAACUACUUCAAAUCGAUCCAUCUCUCGCAAAAGUAAUGGCGGUGGAUAUGCUUUUCGGAGGAGUGGAGACAACCUCUUCAACAACAACAUGCCUUCUGUACUUGCUCGCCAAAAAUCCAGAGAAGCAGGAAAUUCUUCGUCAAGAAAUUAUGACAAAACUUCCUACGAAGGAUUCUUUAUUAACAGUUGAAAACAUGAAGCACUUUCCCUAUCUUCGAGCAUGUCUUAAGGAAAGUCUAAGGAUGCUCCCUAUCAUAGCUGGACAUAUUCGAACCACUAGUCAGAAUAUAGUACUUCAAGGGUACCAAAUUCCAAAGGGAACAACAGUAGCAAUGGGAGUAAACCGGUUGCAAAUUGAUGAUAAAUAUUUUCCAAACGCAGAAAAAUUUGAACCAGAGCGAUGGUUAAAGAAGGAUGGCGUCCCGGCACCUGCGAAAUCAGCACAUCCAUUUAUUUUCUUGCCCUUUGGAUUCGGACCUCGUAUGUGCGUCGGAAAGCGAUUCGCGGAGAUGGAGAUAGAAACACUUGUAGCACGAAUCCUACGGAAUUUUCGGGUUGAGUGGCAUCAUCCAGACUUGAAAUUCAAGUUUACAUCUCUCAAAGUACCAGUUGACAAAUUAUUAUUUACUUUCAAAGAUAUUUCAGAUUAAAGAAUAGAUUCAGAUUGGAAAAACUAUCUGU